AUGUCCACUCCGAUCAACACGCCGCUUCCCAGCCCGAAUGAAGAAUACGAUGAAUUUCCUCUACUCCCAGAGGACUUGACUAUUCCACUGCCAUCUCCUGUUCUCCCUGUUACCGGUCAUGCGGUGGUCCCCGAUCUCUUUCAGUCGGAGACAAGGCAUGCCGAUCCUGUCGCGGCGUUCUCAGCAGAGCCCGAAAACGGACCGACUCCCGUGACCGACCCCGUCUCCCAACCACUUGCCACACCCGAAACCGAACAACCUCGGACCCGCUCACCACGCGUGCGCUUCCACUCCAUCACCCGCUCCCUCAGCGACCGAUAUCAUCACAUCCAGGAUGGCAAUAAUCGACUUUUCUCUGGCCGGUCGGAUUCUGCCCAGCAUCCAUUGCUGCCACCGCCCACUGACCUGGCUGAUGAUAACUUGUCGGGAUUCGUGACCCCGCCGGCCCCGGCAUAUUCCCGCCCUGCAGGUCAUGCGGGCGGCCGUGCCCCGUCGACGGAGUAUUUCUCCACUGAUCCAGAGAAGUAUGCCCACCAUGACCAUGGAGAUGACGAGCAUACGAAUCCUGCGCGUGAGCGCCUCCGAGCUGCUGGUCAGCUCAUUCGACAGAAGACCACCCAUUUGACCCAACGUCUUCGUCGUCCAUCAAAUGAGGGUGAGGCUCUACAUGCCUCGAUCUUGCCAGAGGAUAUGGGAAUCCCCCUGGAGGAGGUUCAAGCUCGACGCGCCCGGCGUCAAGCGGAUCGGUUACGCAUGUUAGAGGAGGCAGGCGAAGAAUCUCUUGAGCCUCCUCCAAGUGCAGAAGCCCAUCGCCUGGUGCGCAGUAUGACCCAGGUGCAAGACCAGCUGGCUCUGCGCAAGCGCCGGCCGCGCCCUGCCUACCAGCGAUCCGGACAGACCACCCCCGAGGGUGCGCUGAGGGGCUUUGCGGCACGUCGUCGUUCCAGCGGAGGCUUCGGUGGUGGUGGUAUUCUGGCACAGUUGUUGAAGCUACAGGCUACGCAGUCAGCCUCCUCACGACCGGAGAGCGUCAUCACCGACGACUCGGACAGUGAUGCACCCCUCUCAUCUGGCGCGACCACCCCCAAGAAAAUCAGCUCCCAGUCUCCCUCCAUGCCAUUGUCUUUGCCAGCUUCGGGCGCAGCAACCCCGCGCAAGGAGAAGCUCAAGUGGUACAAGAAGUCUCCUCAUCGAUCCACUGCGUCCUUGGUCGACGCAUCAAUCAAUUUGAGCCGCGCGAGUCUUCCAGCCGGUGCCGCCGAGUCUCUCCACACAAACAAGCGGACUCGGAGGAACAAACGCCGCACGCGUCUCGAGGAUGAGAUUCGCGUCACCGUCCAUAUCGCCGAAAUCCUUGCCCGACAACGGUACAUUAUGCAACUGUGCCGGGCGCUGAUGCGCUAUGGGGCGCCGACCCAUCGCUUGGAGGAGCACAUGUCAAUGACGGCACGGGUCUUGGAGGUUUCGGGUCAGUUCCUGUACUUGCCCGGUUGCAUGAUCAUGUCCUUUGACGAUCCCACCACGCGCACGGCCGAGGUCAAGUUGGUGCGCAUGGCUCAGGGAAUUGAUUUGGGUCGGCUGGCCGAUACACACAACGUCUACAAAAAUGUGGUGCAUGACCUGAUCGGGGUCGAAGAGGCCACUCAAGAGUUGGAUGAGAUCAUGUCUCGCAAGCCGCGCUUCAACAAGUGGAUCCUCGUUCUCAUGUAUGGCUUUGCAAGUGCCACCGUCGGUCCGUUCGCUUUUGGUGCGCGACCUAUUGAUAUGCCUAUGAUUUUCUGUCUGGGCUGUAUUGUGGGUCUGAUGCAGCACGUCUUCGCCCCCCGCUCGGCUCUUUACUCCAACGUCUUCGAGGUCACCGCCGCCGUUUUGACGUCCUUCCUGGCCCGAGCCUUGGGAAGCAUCACGAUCACGCAUAAUGGUACGACACAGCAACUCUUUUGCUUCUCGGCGCUAGCUCAGUCCUCUAUUGCACUGAUUCUACCUGGGUUCAUGGUCCUUUGCAGCAGUCUGGAACUGCAAUCUCACCAAAUGAUCGCUGGAUCCAUCCGAAUGGUCUACGCAAUCAUCUACUCCCUCUUCCUCGGCUAUGGAAUCACUGUCGGGACAACCAUCUACGGUCUAAUUGAUCGGAACGCCACCUCUGCAACAAGCUGUGCCAAUCUUGAAAUCUACGGCUCUUCGUACGCUCGUCAGUUCCCCUUUGUGGCUAUCUACGCCGUCUUCCUCGCCAUCGUCAACCACGGCAAAUGGAAGCAGAUGCCAGUCCAGGUCCUUAUUGCCAUCUCGGGCUAUGUGACCAACUACUUCAGCACAACCAAGUUUGGCACGCAGUCCGAGGUGGGUAAUACCGUGGGCGCGUUCACCAUCGGCGUCUUGGGAAAUCUGUACAGCCGGAUUUGGCACGGGCAAGCCGCCACUGCCAUCCUCCCGGGUAUCUUCGUCUUGGUGCCAUCUGGCCUGGCCUCGAGUGGUUCCCUCAUCUCCGGCAUUCAAUAUGCCGAUUCGGUGCGGUACAACCUCGAGACUCACGGUAACAGCACCUCCACCAGCAGCAUGACGGCUACCUCGGUCGCGAGUCUUGGCUUUGGUAUGAUCCAGGUCGCUAUCGGUAUCACCGUGGGCCUGUUCAUUGCCGCACUGGUGGUGUAUCCGUACGGCAAGAAGCGAACGGGGCUGUUCAGCUUCUAG